AUGUCAGUAAGUGCAGUGACAGGAGGAGGAAGCAGUGGUGUGUUUGAAGCUGUACAAAGGGGAGACAGUGAUCAGGUCUUACAGUUAAUUCAGCAUGACAGGACAGUCCUGAAACAGAAAGGUUGGGGUGGAUUUACUGCCCUCCAUUUCUCUGCUCUUCAUGGCAAUCGGUCCAUGAUUGAACUUCUCCUGAACAGUGGUGCCAACCCCAAUAUACCUUGUGAUGCUGGACAAACCCCCUUUCACUUUGCCUGCCGAAAGGGCAAUGUUAGCAUCAUGCACAAAAUGCUGCAGCAUGGAGCGGACUUGCGCAUUGUGGAUCAGCUGGGAAAAACAUCACUGCAUCAUGCUGUCACUGGAGGAAGCAUUGUUGCCAUACAAUAUCUCUGGGAGACGAUGAUGUUCAGAUUUUCGGAUGCUGAUAACUUUCUGAUCACUCCACUACACAUGGCAGCUUUCACUGGAAAUGCAGAUGUGGUCAGGUACCUUCUACGAGGAAAUAGAUGUGCAGUAGAUGCAGUUGACCAUCAGGGGGCAACAGCGCUGCAUGUAGCAGCAGAGAAUGGCUCUCUUGAAGUGUGUCGGCUCUUACUGCAGAGUGCUGGGUUCCAGAUUUUACACAUAAAAAACCACACUGGUCUCACACCUCUAGACCUGUGUAGUCGUGGAACUACUUUUAGACAUAAGCAGCUCACUAAAAUGUUGAAACUGUUCAUCAAUAAACCACGGCAUGAGAAGCCCAGGGAUUCAUACGUAAUGUACUACUGGACCCUUUUGUUGCCCAGUGUCAGUGGGGCAGUGGUGCUGCUUAUAGCAUCAGCACUUGGACAAUAUGGAGGCAUAUUUUGUGGUCUACUCUUCCCUUUGCUGGCAAAAGUCACCUUGUCGCAGUAUCACAGAAUGAGUAACUAUCAGAGGUUACCGAAUCCCAUCUAUCUUGGAAUCUUAACUGCCGGCAUAAUUCAUUCUGUAAUCUGUUUUUACUAUAAGAUUCUGCCUAGUAUUUGGCCGGCUCAGUCUCUUCUGCAUGUUUCACUGCUUCAUUUCUCUGUGGUUCUUUGGCUUUUCUGGAAGGUUCUAACACAGGAUCCAGGGCGACUGCAGGCAGAUGACGCAGAUUCCAGAUAUUCUACUAUAGCAGACUUGGUGGAGGCGAAUCAGAAUCCCAGUCAUUUCUGCAUUUACUGUGAGCUGUUCCAAGUGGACAACUGUAAGCACUGUCGUCUGUGUGACUUUUGUGUCAUGGAUUACGACCACCACUGCCUCUUCCUGAACCAAUGCGUGGGUCGGAACAACCACCGUGUCUUUGUACUUCUCAUCCUGGCCUUGCUGCUGGCGCAGUUCAUCUUCAGCAGCACAGCUGGAUACUACCUGUACUGGACGAUGAAGCAGGAGGAGAGCAGGAGUUCAGUAGCAGCGAGGGAGGCGUGGGUACUUGUGCUUCUCAUAUUAAACACGUUUGCCUUCCUCUGGGAGGCCUGGCUGCUCUCUGAGCAGUUUGAUGCCGUAUCCACUGGAACCACAAUGUACUUUAGGCAGUGUCGCCAUAAGAAACCCUCUUGGGGCAAACGCUGGGCUACGGCUCUUUCGUUUCUGUUUGAAGGAAAGAGUUUUAGAGGCCUUCAUCUUAAAACUGUUGAUCUGUGAUAAAAUAAUUCAUUUUAUUUGUUAAGAGAUUUCGUUGGGUGAAACUUGACUUAAAGAAUUUAAAGUAAAUAAUAAUGCUUUUCAUUUUGUGAUAUAAAAAGAUUUUUUUAUAUCUGUUUAAUACAUCACUGUUUAUG